GCCAACACGGGCCAAAUGGACGACCCUGAUAAACAGUGGACCAUGGUGUGCAGCAAUCUGGCUCUCAUACAGGUUCAGGCGACAGUGGUGGGCUUCCUCGCAGCAGUGGCAGCCGUGUGUUUAGGAGCAAUUUCUAGAGGGGGGGUUGAACUGGACCAGGCGGCUGUUCUCUGUGCUAGCAGCAUCACCACUGCCUUUGUAGCCGCUCUUUCCUUAGGCUUGGUGAUGAUCGGAGUGAUCAUCGGCUCCAGGAAGGUGGGGAUCAACCCUGACAACGUGGCCACCCCCAUCGCUGCCAGUCUGGGUGAUUUGAUAACCCUGUCCCUGCUGGCCGGGGUCAGCAGCACACUCUAUGAAUAUAUAGAUGUAUGGUACCUGUCCCCCCUUGUGUGUCUGGUCUUCCUGGCUCUGAUCCCACUGUGGGUGUUGGUGGCCCGACAGAGCCCUCCGAUCAAGGAGGUUCUGCGCUCAGGGUGGCAGCCAGUAAUAGUAGCCAUGUCCAUUAGCAGUUUUGGAGGCCUUAUAUUGGACAAGACAGUGAGUGAUCCCAACUUUGAGGGCAUGGCUGUCUUUACGCCCGUCAUCAACGGAGUGGGUGGCAACUUGGUGGCCAUCCAGGCCAGUAGGAUCUCGACCUACCUGCACUUCUGGACCAUCCCAGGGGUGCUGCCCUACAAGAUGAGGCAGCACUGGCCCAAUCCCUGCAUCACCUUUUUUUCCUCAGGGGUGAACUCAAAGUCAGCAAGGGUGCUUCUGAUGCUGGUUAUCCCCGGUCACCUGGUCUUCCUCUACGCCAUCUCUCUGCUGCAGGGAGAGGAGGCGCCUAUCUCUGUAGCCUUCACCGUCUGCUACCUGUGUGCCGCUCUGGUACAGGUGGCCAUCCUCCUUUACGUUGCCGACCUUAUCAUCCGUGUGAUGUGGAGACGGAGUCUGGACCCAGACAACUUCUCCAUCCCUUACCUGACCGCCCUAGGGGACCUGCUAGGCACCGGCUUUCUGGCCCUCUGCUUCCGCUGCGUCUCACUGGUUCAGAGCCUGGGUCUCUGAAUUUGUCCCCCUUUACCACUGAACUUUUAGCUGUCUUAACUGUCUUGUUGCACCAAUUUUGUUACAUUUACACAGAGAUGCUUUUGAUCGGACAAUAAAGCAUUUUCUGAUGGUUAUCACCGAGCCAGUUAGUACUGAGGAUAUAUCUUUGUCACAAAUUCAAACCUUUACAGUGAUGAGACGGCACAGGGGACACCCAUCCAUCUGGGUGAAGGGUUUGCUGUCUGAACACGUCCAGCCAAUCUAAUUUAGUUUUAGUUCUCUGUCCUUCAGAGCGUCUACUACAGUAUAUUGAACUUUAUUUGAUCAUUCCUCUUUAUCUAUCUGUCUUUUAGUUUUCCUGACUCAAUAUGAGUGGUGGCCCUGUGCUUACCUCGUCUGUCAGUUCAUCUCUUUGGCUUCAUCAGAGGAAUAUGUAGCAACUUUGCAUCAUAGCAGCAAGGCUGAACAUUUGGUCUGCUUGUGGACACUUGUUUGAACUUGUGGAUAGAACAAACAGACUUGGAUCAGUCCAUGUUUUGGGUGGGCUGUACUAUGCAUUAAUGGAAGUUGACGUAUGUAGUACACUAACUGGAAUUUUGGAAUCAUGAUGACUUAUUUAGAAUAAAUGAGACAGGUUUUGUUUUCAUGAGAAAUCAGGUUACGUACCUGUAACACACAGGGGAAUGUUUUAUCAUCACAUGAAAAAGCCUCAAUCUUUUCAUAUUGUUUACUGCAAGUUCAUUGUUGAGGUACUGUAACAGAGGCAAACAGACAGAAGGGCGUAAUUAGUAAUUCCAUGGCCAAAGGACAAAUGGCAUGGCUGCACAGUGGAAGAAGACGAUAUCAGUGCAUGUAAUGGGAGUUUGUGUCAUUCACGUGCAAUGGAAUCACCUCUGACCUGACAGUGUCACGACGUGUUUGUUGGAGAAUUUUUUGUGAAAUGAGGUGAAGGGCCAAACAGAACUGACCACAGACCGUUUGACUGUAGGAGGGAGGGUAUCCACCAGCAAGUUCUUGACAGCUACAAAUUUGUAUGUAUCUAGAAUCCCUCCUGUGAUGGCACCUACUGACGUUCAUACUUAAAAUUGAAAGUUUGUCCUGAAUAGUGGGGGGAAAAAAGCUACUAAAAGCUUAAAGGAACUAUACAACAUUUUGGGAAAUACUUAUUCACUUUCUUAUUCACUUUCUUGCCGAGAGGUAGAUAACAAGAUUAAUACCACUUUUGUGUCUGUAUGCUAAAUAUGAAGCUAUUAUUAGCAGUCGGCUAACUUAGCUUAGCAUAAAACUGCUGGAAACUGCCAGCCCGUUUCCCUCCAAAGGAAACAAAAUACGCCUACCAACACCUUUUAAGGCUCACUAAUUAACACUUUGAAUCUAAUUUGUUUGUCGUACAAAAACAGAAGCGUUAAAAUUAUAAUUUGCCGUAUUACAGUUGCGUUUUUUUUAUAUGAAUUAAACAAAUGAGAUAUAACAUGUUAAUUAGUGAGCUGUGUUUGUAGGAAGAUUCUGACAAUGCCAGGCUAGCUGUUUAUCCCUUUUUCCAGGAGCAUGCUAAGCUAAGUUAGUCAUGUACUGGCUUUAGCUUCAUACUUAGCAUACAAACAUGUACAUUGUUUCAAUCAUCUCAUCUAACUUAACAAGAAAGCAAAUAAGAACAUUUUCCAAAAUGUCUUAACUUUUUCUUUGAGGUUUGUAAUAGCAUCUGCUCAUGUACAAAUCAUGUGGUACAAAAUGCGCUGUGCAACAAUCUCUGACCAUUGACAGCUGUUCCUUCUCCAAGUUUCAUAGCAAGUCACCAAAAUACCAAACAGGUGAGAGAGGGACCUAUUUGUAUCCUGUAAAAAUCCAGAUCCAUCACAAAAACAGAUUGUCUCAUAUGCAGAUGAUGUAUUACUUUUCGUUGCACAUACAGUAGGUAUAUAAUGUGGCACUUGCAAACAAUAGAGUAAUAAUCAUAAGCAGUGACACUGUUUUUUCAGAUUCUGUAUUAUGUUAGAAAUUGUUAAAAGGCCCAGACACCUAAAAAAUAAUGUUCCAACACACUGUGAAGCCCAGAAAAUGUGUCCUCACCUCUCACUAUUUGUAUAGCAAUCUCAAUAUUAAAAAAAGUUAUUUUAAAAAAUAUUUUAUUUUAAAUUUUAUGCUGCCACUCAAUAUAAAAAAACAACAAAACAAACAGCAGUGAACUGAUGCAGAAAACCUAUAUAUUUGUUUUACCCAUCAGCCCAGCUUCAUGUGUUACAUCGACUAUGUAGCUGCAGAGGAUCUUGGGUAUUCCCUCACUACUUGAUACUAAUUGUCCCUUUAAUGGAGGGUUCAAAAAGCCUUACUGUUUGUUGUUAGAACCAUAAAACCUCAUCAUUACAGCAGUGAGUGCAUGUACAUGCACAUGUUCAUUUUAAAGGCGUUGUUCAGACAGAAAGCAAAGCAAAUUUUCAGCUUACAUCAUUCACAUGAAUUUGACCACUAGGCCGUUUGUUUUCUGAAUGACUGAAUUCAGAACUCCAGUUAUAUUUCCACCACUCUGUCCUUUUUCCUUCUUGCCUCUGUACGUUUAUGAAGGAAAUUCAUGAAGCCACAGGAUGUGCUCAAAUUUUUUUUACUUUUUUAAUGUCUACACACCAAUCUACGCCACUCUGGUCACAUUCGUGUCUAAUUGCCCCAUGUCUAAAAUUUGCUUCUCAUUCUGUCUAAACACACUAAUUAAACACAGUUUAACAUUUAAAGUCAUGUUUAAGCGUAAAUGAGCUUCGUCUCAAAGAUUUACCCGAUUUCUGAAAAGAACACAAUACACGACACACAAAUGUGUGUGUAAAUGCACUCAUGAAGUCACGGAACAUUUUUGCGGUUUGCUGUUGCUAGUAUUUUUAGAGAUAAUCACUGAAAUCUGAGGCAUUUCUCAAAGCAGCCUGUCUUGUCAAUAAUCUUCUUGUCAAAGUAUUUCAGUGUUAAUAGUGCUUUGCUAAAAGCUUUUAUGUGACACUGUUACACAGUACUUUCUACACUAGAAGGUAAUCAAAUAUGGAUAUGUACUAUUUGAAUCACAGUUUAUUUCUGAGCUUACUGUUUGAGAUCUGUGUUAACUGUGAUACUGUGAGAACUAGAUCACAGCUAGUUGUACCAGCACAUUAGUGUGUCUUAAUCAGUAGGGCUGGACAAUAUAUCAUUAAAUCUUUAUCACAUUUACAUAGAUAACGAAUGUUAUA